GGCAAGCAUGUGCACACACCAAUGUGUGUGAGGGAUCCCUCCCCUCCAGCCCCCAACCAGCCGGUGCCUGCAACAUGAGGUCAGCGAGCUAGCGGGAAAGAGCAGAGAGAGCAAGGAGGAGAGGAAGAGGCAGCCACCGAGGAGAGGAGCAGGAAAGGGAAUGCACUGACAGAAGAGAAGAGGAAAAGGAAUAUGCCGAGCAGAGGAAAGGUUGACCAUCAAUGGCAGCCAUGCUGAGUCCUAAGAUCAGGCAGACCAGGAGAGCCAGGUCAAAGAGCAUGGUGAUGGGUGAGGCAUCCCGUGGCUCAUGUCGGCCCACCUCACCGGGCCUCCAAGAGGGGGCAGUAAAGGCUGGCUGGCUGAAGAAGCAGAGGAGCAUCAUGAAGAAUUGGCAGCUGCGCUGGUUUGUGCUACGGGCUGACCAUCUAUACUUCUACAAGGACGAGGAGGAGACCAAACCACAGGGCUGCAUCCCACUGAGGGGCAGCCAAGUGAAUGAGUUGACAGCCAACCCAGAAGAGCCUGGUCGACACCUUUUUGAGAUUGUGCCAGCUGGUGAGAAAGACAAAGCUGGAAUAAGUCAUGAGUCUUUUCUGCUCAUGGCCAACUCCCAAAGUGACAUAGACGACUGGGUGAAGGCCAUCAGACGGGUCAUAUGGGCUCCGUUCGGAGGAGGCAUAUUUGGGCAGCAUUUAGAUGACACCAUCCAGUUUGAAAGGAAGUUUGGUCCUCGCCUCGCCCCUCUCUUGGUUGAGCAGUGUGUGGAUUUCAUCAGGGAACAGGGACUUGAUGAAGAAGGCCUGUUCCGGAUGCCAGGGCAAGCCAACCUCGUGAAGGACCUUCAGGAAGCCUUUGACUGCGGAGAUAAGCCUCAGUUUGACAGUAACACUGAUGUCCACACUGUGGCUUCCCUGCUGAAGCUGUACCUCAGAGAGCUGCCUGAGCCUGUCAUCCCCUUCUGCAAGUAUGAUGACUUCCUCACUUGUGCUCAGCUCCUGGCCAAAGAUGAGGAGGAGGGAAUACAAGAAUUAGGCAAGCUAGUGAAGACCCUUCCAGCUGCUAAUUUCAACCUUCUGAAAUAUAUAUGCAAAUUUCUGGAUGAGGUGCAGUCUCACUCAAAUGAGAACAAAAUGGGCGUGCAGAACUUGGCCACUGUGUUUGGACCAAAUAUCCUUCGUCCUAAAAUGGAGGACCCAGUAGCUAUUAUGGAAGGGACUUCCCUUGUUCAGCAUCUCAUGACUUUGCUUAUAAGCAAGCAUGAUCGCCUGUAUAUUGAAACAGACUCAGAAACAUCUCAGACUGAGAUGGAGGUAAGGGUCCAAGGCCAGCAACAUCAGCAGUCCAGCCUGGUUGACUGGAUCUCUGAGGAGGACCUCCAUACUUGCUCACCCACAAGGAAGAAUGCUUGUCCCAAUGACAACCCUACCAGUAGUAAUGCCUCAUCUCUGGAUGCCUCCCAGGUACCUUACACCUCUAAGUCAGUGCCUCAGGGAAAGGGAGAGACAGCUGUCAGCCCUAGUAAGCAGGCCAAGACGCUGCCUGGGUGGAAGUACUCUUUCAAAGGCUCCUCUCCUCGCCCACAGUCUGCCAAAGUCGGUGGCUCCACAGCAGAUAUAUCCACUGCCUCCAGUGGGAAUUGGCUUAUGAAUGGGCUGUCCUCACUGCGGGGACAACGACGCACCUCCUCUGGAGAACGCUCUAGGGAAUCGGGGUCAUCUCAGAGACUGUCUACAUAUGACAAUGUCACAUCUUCGUCAAGUCUGGGCAGUGUGCUGAGUGCAGACAGCACACCAUGGUCCACCUCAUCUUGUGAUAUCUCUGUCCCAGACUCAGGAAGUGACCCAUUAGGGACAGACUCCAAGACUGAGGACAGGUCACAGCCAGAGGCAAAUACUCAGGAAACAGCACUGACUGAGGGGGAAGUGAAGCCCAAUGAACAAGAGGACAGUAGCAUUUCUGUGGAGAACUGCGCAAGCAGUCUGCUCUGCAGUGACUAUGGGAACGUGACACCAGUCAUUACAGUUGUGGAUGAAGACACUGAUGAAAUUCCCUCGUCCUUGGCCAGUGAAGUGGUGGAGCUGAAAGAAGAACUGAGGAAGCAGAAACAAGCUUAUGAAUCUAGAAUUAAGAAGUUGGAAGAGUCAAGUGCAGCCCUUUGUGCACAGAUGGAGAGACUCGAGCAAGAGAUGGAACAGGAGAGAAAAAGAAAACGAAUGCUUGAGAUCAAACUUAGGAACUCUGAACGGGCUCGUGAGGAUGCAGAAAAUCGUAAUCGCCUCCUUGAGAAAGAAAUGGAAGAUUUCUUCUCCACACUUGGGGACCUGGCUCUUGGAAGCCGUACCAGUGACAUUUAACUAAAAAAAAUAAACACACCCAAAAUGAGUCAUAAGGACACGAUGGUACAUAGCCAUGCAAGCUGUUAAUUAUUAUGAAGGUCUCAGUGGUCAUCAGACAUCUCCAUAAAUUACAUGGAAAAGGUCUACACUUGGCUGUUAUUCCACAUGCCUAGCAACCCGGACCUAACAUACCUAUAAGGUUAAAAAACAGUUCUCCAAAAAUAACAAUUCUGUCAUCAUUUACUCACCCUCGUGUUCCAAUCUAGUAUGACUCCUUUCUUCCAUUGGACACAAAAUUAGAAUUAGAAGUUAUGCAGAAUGUUAGGAACUGACAGUCACUUUUCACUGGCAUUGUAUGGAAAAAAUGAAAUGAAAGUGAAUGAUUACGGAGGCUAACUUUCUGCCUAACAUCUACUUUUGCGUGCAAUGGAAGAAAGUCAUACAGGUUUGGAACAACAUGAGGCUGAGUAAAUGAUGACAACAUUUAAAUUUUUUAGUGAACCCAUCCUUUAAGGCCUGCCACUUUCACACUGAUAUUUGAAAAACUACCAAUUUAUUUCUUGAGGACAUUGAACAAAGCUAUCCCCACCAUCCCAGCAAUGUAGCAUUUCUUAUAAACCUUGUCCAUCUGUUGUUUUAAAGCAUUUUCUGGAUUCAGUAUGAUUUCAGUAAAUACAUUUGUUCCAAGUGGAAUUAUGUACUUUUUACCUGAUCAAGGCCCAUUUACAACCACAGCCUGGCUCCAUGAAGAACAAGUAGAGCAGAUCUGUUGGCUUUGGCACAUUAAAGGGAUAGUUCACCCAAAAAUGAAAAUUCUCUCAUCAUUUAAUCACCCUCAUGCCUUCUCAGUUUAUGACUUUCUUUCUUCCUCAGAAGACAAACAAAUAUUGAAGAAUAUCUCAGUUCUGUAGGUCCAUACAAUGCAAGUGAAUGGUGGCCAGAACUUUGAACAUUCAAAAAUCACAUAAAGGCAGCAUAAAGUAAUCCAUAAAACUCCAGUGGUUAAAUGAAUAUCUUCAGAAGUGAUAUAAUAGGUGUGAGUGACAACAGAUUCAUAUUUAAAUCCUUUUUUUCCCCUAUAAAUAUCCACCUUUGACCAGCUCGACCAGUAGGUGGCAAUAUGCACAAAGAAUGCAAAUUGCAAAAAAAUAAAUAAAUAAAAAAAUAAAAUAAAAUAAAAUAAAAAUAAAAAAUAAAAAAAAAGAAGAAGAAAAAUGUGAAAGUUGAGAUUUAUGGAUAUAAAGGACAUAAACAUUGAUCUGUUUCUCACCCACACCUAUCAUAUCGCUUCUGAAGAAAUCGUUUUAACCACUGGAGACAUAUGGAUUACUUUCAUGCUAACUUUUAUAGUUUUUGGAAAUUCAAAGUUUUGGCCACCAUUCAGUUGCAUUGGAUGGACCUACAGAGCUGAGAUAUUCUUCUAAAAAUCUUUGUUUGUUUGGGAUGGCAUGAGCGUGAGUAAAUGAAAGGACAAUUUUAACAAACAAUUUGGUCAAAUUAGCUUCAGAAAAUGUGACUAGCUGAAAGGGGAGUAGUUUGCAUCCCUGUAAAAGGACAGUGGGGCAGUGCCUUUUUUUGAGAUCUCAUUUUGGAAAAUGUAAUGUUGCUUAAGUCACUAAAAUAGCUCCAAAUCUUACCAUUGAAUACAUUUCCUUGCAUAUUGUGUGGUAUUUUGAGAUUGUCAAAGUGACAGUGCCACUUUGAUAUAUAUAUAUAUAUAUAUAUAAAAAGAAAAAAAAUGAAAUGUGACUUCUGUCAAUUGGUCUAAUUUUAUUUAUUUUACACUAUUCAAGUGUACAGAAAGUCUAAAAAUACUCUGUGGAUGUUUUUCCAAGCAAGUGCUCAAAUACUGUUGUAGAUUUUGUAGGCUCAGCUCAUUCUCUGAUCAACUAUUUUCUGAAUGCAUACUAGUAGUUCAUAUUGUGUAAUAGCAUGUUGGUGUUAGCCUAAUGGUUAACUUUCCAGGCUGCAAAUACAAAGGUUCCAGGUUCAUUCUUAAAAGGAAGAGACCCAGAAACUGGAAAUCACCAUUGUGCCCUCUUGCAAAUACUUUUUUGCUGCUCAACAAGUUUCAAUUAUCAGUCCAUUUGGAUAUUAGGUUUCUUUCUAGAACUGCUUUAAUAAAGAAUUUACUGCCCAUUUAGAAUGUGUGAAGUUGUUAUACACUAUCAUAAUGAUUAGACUAUUAUACUGCGGUCAUACGUAAUAACUAGUCUUAUGUGCUGUGCUGAAAUGUUACUAAGUGUCAUUGUGGUGCUAUGUAAUUAUACA